AUACAGACCAGACGUUUCUGACGUCGCAGGCCUUAAUAAAUCAUUUGUGAAACAUUUCAAGGAUUAAUACUAUGCCGGAUGUUUCACCUUGUGUGUGCUACAUCCCACUGCAGCCAAUGAAUGGUGGCAAAUUCAUGUGAUCUAAGAUUGCAGUGGCCACGCCAAUGCAUUCCUUGAGACAAGCAUGAAGGCGAGGCCAUGACGAAUGUGUUUUAUAGGGACAGGGUGCAGAUGUCCAGUUUUGGCAUAAUAAUCAGCGUCCCUCCCCCUGAGCCUGUGCCAUGUUUUUUUUACCCCUGGCCUGAAACCUAGCACUUGAGAGCUCCUAAUAUAGACCCAACUGCUUUAGAGGAAAGGGUAACAAACCUACCAGAGCCACCAGCAGUUAAGAGCUUGCUGCUUUGUCAAUAACUUUUACAUGGACGUACAACAGAAUUAUGGAGCCUCCCUCACAGGUGUCAUUCCCAAAAAAGAAACAGGAAAUAAAGAAACAAGAGGCUGAUGGCACAGUCUACAUGAAUUUCAUGAAAAGUCACAGCUGCUAUGAUGCCAUUCCAACCAGCUGUAAACUGGUCAUAUUUGAUACCAAACUACAAGUGAAAAAGGCCUUUUUUGCACUGGUGGCAAAUGGCUUGAGGGCUGCGCCUUUAUGGGACAGCAAGUUACAGAGAUUUGUGGGUAUGCUGACUAUUACAGAUUUCAUCAACAUCCUCCAUUGCUAUUACAAGUCCCCUUUGGUUCAAAUGUAUGAGCUGGAGAACCACAAGAUUGAGACAUGGAGAGAUGAGUCAUCAAAUUUCCACUUACAGUGUUCCAAUCACUUCCUCAUUCACAUUUCUCCAGAGGCCAGCCUCUUUGAUGCCAUCUAUUCCUUACUUAAAAAUAAGAUCCACAGGCUGCCGGUCAUCGACCCAGAGUCUGGAAAUGUCUUGCACAUUCUCACCCACAAAAGAAUCCUCAAGUUCCUCCAUAUAUUUGGGAAAAAGGUUCCCAAGCCUGAAUUCAGAUUCAGGCAGAUCCAGGAGCUUGGGAUUGGAACUUUCAGUAACAUCGCCACUGUUCAGCAAACAGCAACGCUUUACAAAGCCCUCUCCAUUUUUGUGGAAAGGCGGGUGUCUGCACUACCUGUGGUGGACGAACAAGGCAAAGUGGUGUCACUCUACUCAAGAUUUGAUGUGAUUAAUCUAGCUGCUCAGAAGCUCUACAACAAUCUGGACAUGCCUAUGCAUGAGGUUGUUCGCAGGCGCUCAUGUUUUGUCGAAGGAGUAAUUAAGUGCUACGCCUACGAAACCUUGGAAACCAUCAUAGACCGUAUAGUCAAAUCUGAGGUCCAUCGACUGGUUCUGGUGGACAAGGCUGAUGUGGUGAAGGGCAUCAUCUCCCUGUCUGACCUGCUGCAGGCCAUGGUCUUAACCCCCGCAGGUAUUGAUGCCCUUUUUUCCUAG